AUGACCAACAACGCGAACAUGAAGAACGCUGCUACUGACGUCAAGAAGGAGGUUAACAAGGCCGGUGAGGAUGUGAAGGCUGAGGCUAGCAAGGCUUCGAACGGCGUCAAGAAGGCCACUGGUGAGGCCGCUGACAAGGUUGAGAAGGCUGCCAAGGACAACCAGGACCAGGCUGAGCACCUCCUCGAUGAGGCCCGCGCUGCUGCUUCGAAGGUCGGCGAGAUCAUCUCGAAGGAGGCCGAGGAGCUUGAGGACCGCGCCAAGGAGGCCGGCAAGAGCAUCUCGAAGAGCUUCGACACUAGCGUCAAGAAGUUCCAGUCGCUGUGGAAGGACUUCUCGAGCAACCCCAAGUACUGGCUCUCGACUCUUAGCGUUGUGAACGUGGCUGUGGUGGGUGCCGCUGGUUACUUCGGCUACCAGAACCGCAACGAGAUCAAGACCUGGGACAGGAAGCUCCUGGCUGCGAUCGCUGUCGGUGUGGCUGCCGUCCUCGGUGGUGAGAGCUACGCGGCCAGCAAGGGCGCCAAGAAGCAGCUCAAGUAA